ACUUCAGCUUUACUCCUUGCAGCCCAGACGGGUUUCUUUCUGUUGCAGCGACUGGCUUUCAACUCGCCAUUUUCAUUUGCCGCUGACCUACUGGAGAAAAAAUCGACUCAAUAGAACCCCGCGAUGGCCUUUCUCUUCCGGAAGUUCCAGGAGGUAGCUAAUACUCUAGCUAAGAGUCCAAAGUUUACUCGAGAUCCAAGGCAUCUUCAAUUUGAAGCUGAUAUCAAUCGUUUAUUUCUCUACACAAGCUUUAAUCGUUUGGGAAGGAAUGCUGAUGAGAAGGAUGCAGAGGAGAUAAUUGAAAUGGCCAGCAAAGCCUCUGUUACUGAUCAGCAGAGACAAGUUCAAGAAAAUAUACAUUAUCAGAUUAAAAACAUAUGUAACCAGAUGGAUGAUAUCCUUCAACUUGAUCCCAACAACAUCCCCGAUAAGCCUAAUUCAGCCCUCGGCCACCAGAAUGGCCCUAAACGCAGCGGUCUUAGUUUUGCCAUCGGCACUUCAGUUUCAUCUGCACCAGAACCUGUUGUGACUCAAACGAAGCUGCUUUCACGUGCUGAGCUUUCAUGUAAUCUCAAAGAUCGAUUAGGAUACACCAUUGAUGUCAAGCCAUCUCAGAUUCCUCAUGAGGAAGCUGGUCUAGGCCUUUUCGUGUCCGGGGAAAGCAAUGUAGGCUCUGUCGUCGCCUUCUACCCAGGGAUUAUAUAUUCUCCAGCUUAUUACCGUUACAUUCCUGGAUACCCAAGGGUUGAUUCCUGCAACUCCUACCUUAUAACAAGAUAUGAUGACAUAAUAAUCAAUGCACAGCCAUGGGGAAUAGGUGGGGAAUCCCGGGAAAUCUGGGAUGGUUUUUUCCAACCAAACUUCAAGCCAGGUUCAUCAUCAAAUAUCAGUCAAAAUUCUGAUCGUUUAUGGAAAGCUCUUAGCAAGCCUCUUGAAAGUAGUAAUGGAAUAAACCCCAGUGAAGUACUCGAGCUUCGAAACCCGCUUGCUUUUGGUCAUUUCGCCAACCAUCCAGCUAAAGGAAGUGACCCAAAUGUCAUGGUUUGUCCCUAUGAUUUUCCAGUCAUGGAGAAGGAUAUGAGAGUUUAUAUACCGAAUAUUGUGUUUGGUGACCAGGAGAGUGUGACAAUGAAGAGGUUUGGGAGCUUCUGGUUCAGAUCAAAAGGUGCUGGUGAUCAAGUAAUAGAUGCUCCAGUCAUUAAGACGCUUGUGCUGGUUGCAAUGAGGCCACUGUGUGAGGAAGAGGCUUACUUAAAUUAUAGGUUGAGUAAUUCGAAAAGAAGGCCAUCUUGGUAUAGUCCUGUUGAUGAAGAAGAAGAUCUAAGGAGAUGGAGUUGAGGGGAUAUAAAAGAAAGAGUUCAUGAAUGGUCAUAAACAUUGCACCUGCAAGCUUCCAUGUGAGCAAUUAAUGCCGUUUAACUGGUAAGUCUUCACUGUUUUUUUUUUCCCUAAUAGCUAAAAGUGUCGCAUAUUUAUGUCUCCAAUCUCAUCCUUUUGAACAAACUUAUAUAUGAUGCAGGGAUGAAGGUUUCGUUUAGGACAACUUUCUUGUUACUUCUUAAAGCAGCUUUCUUGUUUAAAAAUAAAAAAAAACUGCUUUAAGAAGCAGCAAGAAAGCCGCCCCAAACGAAGCUGAAGUAGGGUAUAUUGAUCCCUUCUUGAUUUUUAUAUUAGUGGCAGCCUGGGAGGUCUUAUGUCUUGACCAAUAAACUAAAUUCAAAGCAGAAUAUACAGUGAUGUUAGGAUAACUCUGUGCCCAUGGAUGCAAAUCAAAUCACAGUUGUUGGAAUA